AUGGAUCCUAUAGCCUCGAAGUAUCCAUACUGGAAGAGGAUCCUUCACAAGUUUCAGAGCCGGAGGGAUAUUCCCUUUCGCAAACAGUUUUUCAUGGGCUAUGAUCUCCAUGGGAAUACCUACUGGGAGUUCACGGUCGAUGGGAACAUGCAACGAUUGCGUCGUAAGCUCGAACCUUACCAGGAAAUGAUCUUUAAAGCAGACUACUUCGACACGAUUCCUCCUCAGUGGCUCCAGUGGCUCAGGAGGACAAGAAACGAGGCUCCUACAUUGCAGGAGCUCAUUAAUGACCAGAUCAGGCAACAGAGAAUCAAGGUUUUGGCCCAACAAGCAGACCAGCGGUGGUACAUGGAGAAAGAGCGUCUUGAGAACGAUCAGAGGCUCAAAUUAGAUGCGGAAUUGAAAAAGGUGGAGGCAGAGAAGAAGAAGUUUGAAGAGGAGUCGAAGAUUCUCAAGGAAUUAGCAGCCAAAGAACAGAAUCAAGUACAAACCAAUCAGCAAGCGGACCCAUGGGCUGAGGCAGAUGCAAAAGCGAAGUCUGAUCAUAGUCCUAUCGAGUCGUCAUUUAUCAAACCCAGAAAAUAA